AUGCCUUAUGUCUUCGUGGAUCAUGCUCCUGCCUGCCGCCCAUUCCAUCCGCUGCUGACGUGGCAGGCACGGCUGUGUGUGGAGGGGCAGCGGCAGCUGUACGCGUUCUGUGAGGACAGGGGAGUGCCGCACCGCAGGGUCGGCAAGCUGGUGGUUGCCACGUCAGCAGACCAAGUGCCGCAACUGGAGAAGCUUAAGGCGAGUUCAACUGCUCUGCCGUGCUGCCAUGCCCCCAUGCCCCCACCCCCAUGCUGUAUGCCACCAUGCCCCCAUGCUGUAUGCCCCCAUGCUGCCAAGCUGCAACAUCCCUUCAUGCUGCAACCUUCACCCUCUCCUCCCUGUUCUCUAACCCCCAAUGCCCGUUUUUCGGACUCACCGUUCCCUCUUCUCCUUAAGUUCUCCCACCUCUCACCUUCAUCUGCCGUCCCGCCAGACCCGCGCAUGGAGGGCAACGGGGUGGAGGGGCUGCGGAUAACCCACGCGGAGGGCAACGGGGUGGAGGGGCUUCAAAUGGUGGGCAGGGAGGAGGCAAGCCGGAUGGAGCCAAGAGUGGAGUGCCAGGCUGCGCUGCUGUCACCGCACACUGGCAUCGUGGACUCACACACACUGAUGCUCGCCCUUCAGGCAGAGGCAGAAGCAGCAGGUGCCGUAUUCGCUUUCAACUCAGCCGCAGUGGGCAUUCAGGCCAACCCAGCUGACCGCUUCCCACUCCUCACCACCAUCCGAACAUCCUCGCCUACCAGCAGCAGAAGCACUGCCACUACUACCACCAUCACCAGCAGCAGCAGCAGCAGCAGCAGCAGCAGCAGCACCAGAACCACGUUGCUGUGCUCGCGCUAUUUAGUGAACGCAGCUGGGCUCGAGGCUGUUCCUCUCGCUCAUCGCACCCACCUCACAGAGGCUCCCAUCAAACCGCAACUGCCACCCCUCCGCCUCCCUCCUCUCUACCUCGCUCGCGGGCAUUACUUCGCCCAUUCUGGCCCACCGCCCUUCUCCCGCCUCGUGUAUCCGCUGCCGGAGCCGGGGGGCCUGGGCGUGCAUGCCACGGUGGACCUCGCCGGUCGAGUGCGGUUCGGCCCCGACGUGCAGUGGUUGCACGCGGUGCCACUCUCUGCUGCCCACGGCAUGCCCGUCAGCUACGACUACUCAGUGGACCCUGCAAGGGCCGAAGCAUUCUAUUCGGCGAUCCGCAAGUAUUUUCCGACACUACAGGGCGGCUCUCUGCAUGCCGAUUAUGCCGGCAUUCGCCCCAAACUCACUGCUCCAGGCGACCCUGCUGCUGACUUCUUGAUUCAGACUCAUGCUACACAUGGCAUGCCAGGCCUCAUCCACCUUCUCGGCAUAGAGUCUCCAGGACUCACCUCGUGUCUUGCCAUUGCCAAGUAUGUGAGGAGCCUGCUGUAG